AUGCAGAUCUUUGUGAAAACUUUGACAGGAAAAACCAUCACACUGGACGUUGAGUCAUCAGAUACAAUUGAAAACGUCAAGGCUAAAAUACAAGAUAAAGAAGGAAUUCCACCUGACCAGCAAAGAUUAAUAUUUGCAGGAAAACAAUUAGAAGAUGGAAGAACAUUAUCAGAUUAUAAUAUCCAAAAGGAAUCAACUUUACAUUUAGUUCUCCGUUUAAGAGGUGGUAUGCAAAUUUUUGUAAAGACUUUAACAGGAAAAACCAUCACACUAGACGUUGAGUCAUCAGACACAAUUGAAAACGUCAAGGCUAAAAUACAAGAUAAAGAAGGAAUUCCACCUGACCAGCAAAGAUUAAUAUUUGCAGGAAAACAAUUAGAAGAUGGAAGAACAUUAUCAGAUUAUAAUAUCCAAAAGGAAUCUACUUUACAUUUAGUUCUCCGUUUAAGAGGUGGUUUUUAA